GGCAGCUAGACUUUAAGAGUGAUAUCCCUGACUUUUCCAGAAAGGUGGGCAUACAGUCUGAUAUUCCAGGAUUUGAAGGAAAACUAGGACUGAAGGCUGAUGUUCCAGAUGUAAGGGCUAAUAUCCCAGGAGUUGAUGGAGGGCUGAGCUUUAUGGGUGUUAUUCCAGAAGUUAAAGCCAAUGUCCCAGCACAUAGUGGAAAGCUAGAUUUAACAGCUGAUAUCCCAGAGUUAAAAUGUGACAUCCCAGGACAUAAAGAAGUUGACAUGAGUGCAGAUGUCCCAAAAAUCAAAACAGAUCUUACUAGUCUUUCUCUUAAAGGUGAUGUUUUGGUUAAGCCAGAACCUCUCUCUGCUAUCACUGGUGGUCCACUAGAAGUGAACGUUACAGGUGAUGUUCAUCCUCCUGAGGGCAGCCUUGACCAAUAUAAUGACGCUCCUAGAGAGUCCAGAUCAUCUGAGUCAAGUAGCUUAAAGACACGCAUUCCUGUUCUGGAUAUUAAGUCCAAGGUGUCUGAACCUACAGUUUUUUCUGGAUCAAUUGAAGCCGAUCUUCCUGAAGUCCGAGUUGGAACUGGUGUAAGUCCUCCUCGAGAGGAUAUAACAACAGCCCCCGCUGGACGGGGUUCAAGAAAAAAGAGAGGAAGACGGGGGAGAAGUACAGAGGAAGAUAUUGAUGUGUCAUCAAUUAAACCAUGGGAGAAGCCUGGAGAUAAAGUUCAGUUUACAGAGGGACUUGAUGUCGCAACGCGGGGGUUGGAGACUCAGCUCAAGUUCGACACAGAAGUUUCCGGGAUGUCAGUUAGUGGUGGUAAUGAUGAUUCUCCAACACGAAGUAGAAUUCCCAGAUUUAGUGGAGUAUCCAAACAAGGGACAGGGGCAGAAGACAUGAGACAACCACGAGACAUGACUGCUGACGUUCCAGAGGGACAAGUCAGGGUAGAAGGUAGAAGUGGCAUACCGGUGUUGUCCGAGCGUAUUUCUAUCUCAUUUAGGCCUCAAGAUGAGACAGAAGCGCAAAGUAACAUUCCAGUAGCAGCAACUCCAGAAGGUGCAGCUCCCAUUGGCUGGGUCUUGCCACCAUCCACCACACAGUCACCAACUCACGGGGUAAUACUCAGGGAGGAUCAGUCAUUACCAGGGGAAGGGGUAACCAUACAACCGGGACAGUAUGGGGUAAAAGGGGAGGUCACUCAACACAUGCCAGAGUCAAAUCAAACUUUGUCUACCGAUUUUGAAGGGAGUCGGGCUGCUGAUCCAUGUAUCAAGGGUAAGCUGGGGCCAUUCAAACUUACACCUGAGAGGACAGUGAGCGAGUGUAAAACUGAGAUCACAAAAGUUAGCGUAGACCCCCAGAGCCUAGACAGCAGAUCCUUGGAGGUGCAAGGGCCAGAUACCAUGAAGGAGUGGACCCUAGAACCUCAGUCUUAUCAAGUCAAAGUAGAAACAGAUCCCGUUACAGGACUAAUGUCCGAUCCAACCGUGAUGGACCUUCAGACAAGAAUGGCUGUUGGAGACGGUGACCAACGGACAAGUAAGCAGUCCCGAACGGUGUUUGUGACUGAAGACGCUGGUGGGAGAGUAGUGGUCCACAGAAGAAUGGAUUCCACUUCAGCACCUUCAGGAGAAGAGGCAACUUCAGCGGCGGCAACAACAACGUCUGAGGAUCUUAGUUCAAUGCUGAGUCAGAGUCCUGCUUCCACAGUCUCCACAAUGGUGACAACAAGCGAAUGGCCCGAAGGAGUCACCACACAAAGGACAGUUCGAGUUAGGAAAAUCAGAAAAAUUAAAGUAGGAGAUGGACCUGAGGAAACUAUUCUAGAAACUGACUAUGAAACAGUCCCAGGUGAGGAGACUGACCUGUCUAGGCUUGAGGGAAUGUUACAAAGUAGCGAAGUGUUGCGAGUCACACCAGAAGGGGAGCCAAGUCUAUCACAUUUGCCACCUGAACUGAGAGACACCUCUCUACUCCACUUUGGUUCCGAUCAAAGGGAGGCACCUGGAGACACACACCAGACUGUCACUAGGACGGUCAAGAGGAUACCUUCAGGAGAAAUUGCUCAGUACCUCCCAGAAGGAUUUGACAAAAAUCUUCACAAAGUUGUUGGGGGAACGACAACAACAACUACAAAAACUGUGCGAAAAGUAAAAGUAUUAAAGAAAGAUGAAAGUGGUAAUAUGGUAGAAUGUGACGCAGAUGAUGAGGAUCUUCAAGCCUUGCUACCAUACCUCUCAUCUGAAAGUGCUUCCUCCACUGUUCCCACCAACACCACCACCACCACCACCACCACUUCCUCUGAGGAUGAUGGAGGAGUGGUCACCACUACCACCACUACCACCACCGACGGAGGCACCGUCACCAGAGUAAUUCGAGAAAAACGCUUCAUAACCGAUGGGUCAUCGAUAAGUGAGUUCGAGGAGGGGCUUGCCGCCGCCGGUGAGUGUGAGGGCGGCGUGCCCGAGAGGGUUAGGGCGGGACCCGAACAGCCUCCCGACGAUCACAGGACAUAGUGAACCAAACGAAUGAAACGAACCUAUGUGUAUAUUUAUGCUGUGAAUAUGCUUAGAGAACGUAUCCCUUGUGUACAUAUCGUCAUGUAAGCUACACCAGUCUUUGUCCGUGUGUCACUUGCCUCGUCUGUCUGAUGCAAGUGCGUCACACCUGCGACACAUGUGACUCCCACUAGGCCAGUAAAGCUAAUGAACGUAUUGCUCAAUGUGUCUGAAAAAUUCCUUCCAACGAACACACCUGGUGCCUUAUUCUUCUCUGUGGAGUGACCCGUCCGUCCACGUCGGCUUAAGAAGCUCUAACCAACUCUUCGUUAUACUCACUCCACCACCACCAUCACCGCCCCAGCCGCCAUCACUGCCUUCCACGGAAGUUGACCAACUUCUUCAAGAUGGGCGUCCACGACGACGGCGUGGUGACCCAGGAGCCCCAGACCCAGCAGGUCCGCGCCCCCGCUCCCACCGCCGCUGCACCAACCCCCACAACCAAGGUGAGCAGCACAGUUGCGGCCGCCCAGGGUGAAGGACCCUCGCACCAACAGGCACAAGUCAGAGUCCUCACCUUGAACCAUAAAGACCACCUAGAUUCAACACUCUUCCGUCUGCAGAAAGGUUGGAUUCUCCAGCUGCGUCCAGGCCCCACACUACUUGGGCGGCAGGUGAGUGUGUUCACCAACCACCCUGAGAGGCCCGAGGACGGCUUCACACGCACCAAGUACCGCCACCUGCAGUGGAAGAGUGACUCCCACAACAAGGGUGAUGACACCGCUCUCUAUGUGGAGGUGACUCUCGUUAUGGCUGGGUCCUUCCACUACUAUUUCACCUAUGAUGACAGUGAAAAUAAAGACAAAGCCCAAGGUUCAGGAUUCUUCUUGGUGGAUCCAACACUAAUUGUUGGCACAAAUGAAGUCCUCCAGCAAGACUGUGUUCAGUGCCAGACUGUCCUCUCUAAGAAUCUUGGUCCCCUGCCAGACUGGGAACAGCGAUUGCAAGUGGCUCAUGAAAGUGGUUACAACAUGAUACACUUCACACCAAUUCAGGAACUAGGAGACUCUAACUCAAGUUACUCCCUGAAGGAUCAGCAUAAACUCAACAUUGAGUUCCAGAUUCCUGACAAUGAAUUCACUUUUGAUGAUGUUGAAGUGCUGAUAAAGAAAAUGAAACAAGAAUGGAAGAUGUUGUCCUUGACUGACAUUGUGCUGAACCACACUGCUAAUGAGACUCCAUGGCUGCAAGAACAUCCAGAAUCAACAUACAAUUGUAACAACUCUCCCCAUCUUCGUCCUGCAUAUUUGCUAGACAGAGUUCUGCACCACAUGACAUUAGAAGUAAUGGAUGGGAAAUGGAAGGACCGAGGAAUACCAGUAGCCAUUAAGGAAGAGAAACAUAUUGAGGCUGUGAAGAAUGCCCUACACAACUAUUUCUUACCUCAAGUAAAACUUCACGAGUUCUACACAGUUGACAUAGAGAAAAUGGUUGAAGAGUUCCGUCGUAGGAUCUCUUGCACUGUUCCCUCCAUCAAGACGUCAGCUGAAGAAGUUUCCAAGAACAAAUUAGUGAUCAAACAAGACCCCCAAUAUGGAAGGAAGACUUGCACAGUAGAUAUGGAUAUUGCAGUGAGACUCUAUAACUUGCCCAAUGAGUCGAAAGAGAAGAUCCCCCAGGGUAGUGGACCAGAGGCCAGUGAUGAGGCUGACCGUGUGGUGCGCUGCUGCUCUGAGUUCCGACGCCACCUGGAGCACCUGAAUGAGCAGCGUGCCAGCGAGAUUCAAGCACACCUCAUCAAGGCUGUUAGUUGCUGUCUAGGCACUAUCCGCUACCAGCGCCUUCAGCCUGAUGGACCAAAGAUUGCUGCAGUAUCAAAAGACAAUCCACUGGUUCCUCCGUACUUUACUCAUUAUGGAAAAGACACUACACUGGAGGAAGAGGAGGCCCUGAUGUUUGGCCCGAAAGCUUCCUUCUUAAUGGCCCACAAUGGCUGGGUCAUGGGGGAUGAUCCACUAAAAAACUUUGCUAGAGAAGAAUCGUAUGUAUACUUGAGGAGAGAAUUGGUUGCCUGGGGGGACAGCGUUAAGCUGAGGUACGGCAAUGAACCCAAGGACAGUCCAUACCUGUGGGACUUGAUGAGACGCUACUGUGAGUACACUGCUCGCAUCUUCCAUGGCAUCCGUCUUGACAACUGUCACUCAACACCUAUCCAUGUUGCUGAGUACAUGUUGGAUGCUGCAAGAAAAGUUAGACCAGACCUGUAUGUGAUUGCAGAACUCUUCACAAACUCUGAUCUGACAGAUAACAUAUUCAUUAACCGGCUGGGGAUCAAUUCUCUCAUCAGAGAGGCCAUGUCGGCCCCUGACUCUCAUGAGGAAGGUCGACUGGUGUACCGCUAUGGUGGUGAGCCUGUGGGAGCCUUCCUGUUGCCUCCUGUGCGACCACUUGUCCCUUCAAUUGCUCAUGCCAUGUUCCUUGACCUUACUCAUGACAACAGGAGUCCAGCUGAAGUCCGUACUGCCUGGGACAUGCUGCCAUCCACAGCCCUUGUCAGUAUGGCCUGCUGUGCCACUGGCUCAAAUAGAGGUUAUGAUGAACUUGUACCUCAUCAUAUCCACGUGGUGGAUGAGCAGCGGGUGUAUGCAGCCUGGAGUGAGAGCAGCACUCAACGUGGAGAAGUCAACAAGAAGUCUGGAAUAAUCGAGUGCAAAAAUCUGCUGAAUAAGCUUCAUUUUGAGCUAGGCGCAAGUGGUUUCAAUCAGGUGUUUGUGGACCAAGUGACAGAACAUGUGGUGACAGUAACACGUCACAACCCUGUGAGCCACCAGAGUGUGGUACUUGUUGCUUACACUUCCUUCAGGCCCCCGGCACAGAUCAAGGCCACAAAUAUACGUCCCUUGAAGGUGCAAGGACGACUGGAGGAAAUUAUCUUUGAAAUGCAAGUGAAAGGAACAAAGGAAGAAGAUGCAGACAAGAAGAUCCCAGGAGUUUUUGUGCCCGAUUUGGAAUUUAUCAAUGGAUUAGAAAAUUUCAAUGUGGAAGUGAAGGAACACUUGACUCCUGCACAAUCCACCUUUGUGCAAGUUACAUCCAGUAGUGACUCAGACAUGACAGUCUGUGAAUACACCUCCAAAUUUACUCCUGGCAGUGUAAUAGCUUUCAGAUUAAGUCUUCUGCCUCGUGCUCAGUCUGCUGUCAAUAAGAUUCGUGGAACUCUGUCAGAGUUUGGUUAUAAGUCGAGGAUUUCUGAAGUCACCACACACAACCCAGUGUUGACUGACAUAGUGAAUGGCCUCAGUCUGGUUGAUCUAAACCGUAUCCUGUACCGCUGUGAUGAUGAGGAGAAGGAUGAAGGUCGGGGAUGGGGUGCCUACAACAUCCCUAACUAUGGGCCACUGCUCUAUUGUGGCCUGCAAGGUGUUGUGUCUGUGCUUAGUGAGAUUCGUGUGGUCAAUGACCUUGGGCAUCCUCUGUGUGGGAAUCUGCGUGAUGGUGACUGGCUGCCAGACUACAUUGUAGGUCGCCUUAAGUUUGAGCCAUCAACUCAACGGCUGGCAGGCUGGUUGGAGGAGGUGUUUGGUUACUUGAGGGAUGUGCCUCGCUAUCUCAUCCCAGCAUAUUUUGAUUCCAUCGUUACCAGCAUCUACCUCACCCUCAUCAAUAGGGCAUGGGCACUGAUGGGAGAAUUCAUCUCUGAAGGGUCAAACUUUGUCAAGGCUCUUGGUUUAUGCUCAGUGCAAUUUUGUGGCACUGUGAAGUCUGCCCUGUUGCCACCUUUGUCUCCCAACUUGAGGGACCCCAAGCCUCCUUCUUUCACUGAUGGUUCUGGUAACCAAAUUCAGUUGUCUGCUACCAUUGCAGCUGGACUACCUCACUUCUCUGUUGGCUACAUGCGAAACUGGGGUCGAGACACUUUCAUUGCCCUCCCUGGAAACCUUCUCAUCACCAGUAGAUAUGAAGAAGCCAGGUGGAUCAUCUUGGGAUUUGCUGGCACAAUGCGUCAUGGACUUAUUCCAAACCUCCUGGAUGGUGGGAAAAAGGCAAGGUUCAACUGUCGAGAUGCCAUCUGGUUCUGGCUGCAGGCUAUCCAAAGAUAUGUAACAGUUGUGCCCAAUGGUCAUGAAAUUCUGAAAGACAAGGUUUCACGAUUAUACCCAUCAGAUGACUGUUCUCCACAAGAACCUGGGAAAUCUGACCAACUGCUUGAGGAAGUCAUCCAGGAGGGUCUCCAGCGCCACUUCCAAGGUGUCAAGUUCAGGGAAAGGAAUGCAGGUUUCCAGAUUGACCGGCAGAUGAAUGAUGAUGGAUUCAACAAUAAUGUGGGAGUUGACCUGGAAACCGGUUUUGUGUAUGGUGGCUCGGUGAAUAACUGUGGUACAUGGAUGGACAAAAUGGGAUCAAGUGAGUUGGCAGGCACCAAGGGUAAACCAGCAACACCUCGUGAUGGCAGUGCUGUAGAAAUUAUUGGUCUUUGCAAGUCUGCUCUUGCCUUCCUAGGUCGGAUGCACAAAGAGGGCAAAUACUCCUACAAUACUGUGGAGCAAUGUGAUGGAACAGGAAAGGUAACUAAAUGGACAUAUGAAUUCUGGGAAAAGAAAAUUGAAGAAAACUUUGAAAAGCAUUUCUGGGUCAGUGAAACCCCAAUGCCUGAAAGUGAACCCAGACCAGAGUUAAUUCACCGCAGAGGAAUAUACAAAGACUCUCACAAUGCUUCACAAUUUUGGGCAGACUUCCAGUUGCGGUGCAACUUCCCAAUUGCUAUUGCUGUGGCUCCUGAAAUGACUACACCCAAAAAUGCCUGGGUUGCACUGAAGAAUGCUGAAGAAAUCUUGCUAGGUCCUCUGGGCAUAAAGACACUGGAUCCUAAGGAUUGGGCUUAUAAUGGGAAUUAUGACAACUCUAAUAACACAGCAGACUCCAAGUUAGCCCAUGGCUUCAAUUAUCAUCAGGGUCCAGAGUGGUUAUGGCCUGUUGGGUGGCUUCUGCGUGCACAACUUGCCAUUGCACCCAAGGUGGGGGGUACUGAAGAGCUGGCCCGCACUAUGGGCCAUGUGAAGUCCCUCAUGGCCAACCAUCUCACCCAUCUACUUACCUCCCCCUGGCGCUCCCUUCCAGAGCUGACAGAUGCCGAGGGUGCCUUCUGUAAAGACUCCAAUCCAGCACAGUCGUGGAGCACAGGCUGCCUUCUGGAGGUGUUAUGGGAGUUGGAUCACAUAGAGCGAAGUCUCAACAUCUCCGCUAACAUUUGAAGAGAGCCGGGCUACGCCACCAUCCUUCCCCUGAACAACCUGCCCCAGGAUCCCUCUACACUCCCUGUGCUGUGCCAACAUGAAUUUCCCACUAGCACCUACUUCCCUUUAGAUGACAAUAGGCAGCACUACAAACUAAGUCAUGAGUCCCAAGAGUCAAGUGAAACCUUUGAUACAGCUUACCCAACCCUGCAGCAAAGAGCUCCACAGACCAGCAGGAUUGUUAUCACAACUAAUAAUGUCAAUCCCUCACUUUCAUAUGUCAAAGAAGUGGAUGUAGGCAACACUGUUAUUUCUUAUGUUCCCCGUAAUAUUGUGUUCAGUGAGGACCCAGACUUUUUUGAUACUGUCCAUGAUGUUGUUCAUGUUAAGUGUUUCCAAACCGACAUUAACUUUUCUAUUGCACUCCUGUGCAAGCCACAGGAUAUCUCAGAGAAUUGUCUUGUUGUUUGGGCAGUAGAUGAGAAAGUCCGGCAAAACGCGAUGUGGAGUAGCCCGGAAUACUUGAAAAGAAAAGAUGAAAAACCCCAGAUAAGUGCGAAAGUUCCCUGGUCAAGGAGCAAAGGUUCAAAUAAGGAACAGCUGCCAAAUACUUCAUCCAGGGGGCCAGUUAUGAUGGAACCUCUCUACCAGAGUGUAAGAUCAAACCCAAAGAAAUACCAGGGAAGAGUACCUUCCAUAGUGGCCUUAUUAAGCCAUCAUGCCAAGAGUCACCAUAAGACUCAAAAGAGUGCACUGCAGUCUGAGUUGCCCAUUACUAAAGUAUUCCAAGAAGAUUCCUCAGAGAAAGAUAAUGUAGUAUGGCAGCAAAAUCGGUUUGCUCCCAUGUCUCAGGAGAUUCACCGAGCCAUGGCUAGAGAAGAGGAAGCUAUUUUGGAUAUUUCUAAUAAACAGAAGGCUGAUUUUAACAGAGGAGGAGGAUACAGCUUCAGUUACCAUCUGAGCCCAUCAACCAUGCCAGCAUCACCAAGCAGGCCUUCAGUGCUCAACCUGCCACCUCCACCCCAGAUGCCAUUGCCCCCUUUGCCAGAAGUCCAUGACUAUGCAGAGCCUAAGCCUGGCCCAUCCUCCAGGGGUGAGACUGGCCUAACACCACCCAAGCCAUCAGUGUCGUGGAAAGAAUUCCAGUCCAGCACGGUCACCAAAGUUCAUAAACUCUGUCAGCCAGUGGCAUAUAAAGCUCAGAGACUGUCAGAAUCAGUUACUUUCUUGAAUCCCUACACUCAGAAAACAGAAUGUGAGACAUCAGCAGAAGAAAAGGGUUCAAGUCAGAUCAUUGUAACUCCUCAUUCUGAAAAACAGAGGAGGGAGUCAACAUCCCUGUUUCUUCCAGAUGAUGAUCUUGUUAAACCUAAGGAUAUAAACCAACAGAAACUCUCUACUGUCUUGGUUUUGUCAUUGUUUGUUAUUGCUCUUAUUAUUUUCUAUCUAGUUUAUUUCCUAUAGAUAUUUCUUUGUGAUUUGUAUCACACUCGUAUGUUUUUAAUUGAGACACAGUUAGUUGAUAAUCUGAGCUGUUCUGAGGGAGCUUCUAGACUCAGUGUUGUAGCUUACAUGACGUGUUAAAUGUUUUGCUUCAAGGACGAAAAAAAGUUAUCUAGUUUGCACAAAUACCUGAAAAGCACUCAAGCAAUAAGCAUAUAGUACCAGCUGGUUUAUGAGCAGUUAAGCAAUAAUGCAGCAGCUGGUUCAUAUGUUUCUUAUGCUUUUCAUUACUUACAAUGUACAUGUUGUUAGCUAAAAUAAUUAUAUGAAGAAUACUGUUACACCUACUGUAUGUAAGACACUCGUGCAAAGAAAGAUAUAUUGCAUGACUAUUCUACAAGAUAAUUUUAGAAAUAUCUAAUUACCAUGUUGCCUAUUAUUGAUUUUUAAUUGCUGUUUAUGUUGUAUGCAGUGUUGCUUUAUAAGGAUGGUGUUGUUUUGAUAUUUAUAGAUUAUAUAUACAUAGUUUUAUGUUUAUAUAUAUAUUCGAUGCUUGAUUCAAUAAAUUAACUACUGA